AUGCUACGCUCAAACAGGGUUGGAAAUGAGGACAUUGCCAGUGUUGAGGAUGGCUUUGAGCAACACAUUUGUUUUGCUGGGGAUGGUGUUGAGCAACAACCUUCCUUUGCUGGGGGUGGUGUUGAGCAACACCCAACAUCAGCCUGUCACAGAAUGGGCUCAGUGUUCAACGUGUUGCUGAUGAUGUUGCAUCACACUAGUGCUGAGCAUCACUAUUUGCAAAAAUACAAGUGCUUCUUGCACAACUUUGCCGCAGACGAUUUUAUCUACCAACAUCGAUUACCGACGAUGUCUAAGUUUAAUUCUCUACCAUGGAUGGAAACGACCACCCUAAAUUAUCAUUAG